AUGUCUGGUCGUGGAAAAGGUGGAAAAGGUCUUGGAAAAGGCGGCGCCAAGCGUCAUCGCAAGAUUUUGCGUGAUAACAUUCAGGGUAUCACCAAGCCUGCUAUUCGUCGUCUUGCCCGCCGUGGUGGUGUCAAGCGUAUCUCUGCUCUCAUCUACGAGGAGACCCGUAACGUCCUCAAGUCUUUCCUUGAGCAAGUCAUCCGUGAUGCCGUCACCUACACUGAGCACGCCAAGCGUAAGACCGUCACCUCUCUCGACGUUGUCUAUGCUCUGAAGCGCAAUGGCCGCACCCUUUACGGUUUCGGUGGUUAA